CACAGGAGCAGCAUAGCUCUGCUUGCAUCCUCCCUCUCGAGCUCAUCCUCUGCCUGACUCGUCGUCAUGGCUCCUCCAAAGAAGAAGAAGACGACUUCGUCUUCGGCUCUGGCAUCCCAUUCGGACUUCACAAAGGCGAAAUCGUCUCUCAAGGCCAAGCAGCGCGCCGUGCCCAACAAUGCAACCAAUACCGCCUUCAAGGCUCGCUCCAUUGUUCUUCCCAACCAAGGGUCGAUCACUCAGCUCGAGCAGAGGCGAUCUACCAAGCUCACAGACGAUCGAGGCAGAGGUGUAGAGGAGCUGGUAACACUACUCAGGGGUGUAGGCCAAGGAGGCGGCAAGAGCGAAGCCCUUGACUCCCUCGCUUCUCUCCUCCUCCGUCUACCCGAUGGUACCACCACCGGCCUUGGCCUGCUUCCCGUUCUCCUCCCGUUGAUCACCUCGAGCUCAGCCCAGGUACGUACAUCUCUCUAUCGUCUGCUGGACCACUUCCUCCGAGCAGUACCCAAAGAUGCCCUCGCGCCAUAUAUCACCACGAUCACCCUCUGGCUCACCAGUGGGAUGAACCACAUUUGGAAAGAGGUGCGAGAGGAUGCAGCCAGGAUUGCAGAAGUGGUGAUUGAUAUCACAUCGCACGAUCUGGUGAGAGGCUGGAGUUGGACCUCAUCUACGGUUAUCGGGGCUGGACAGGCGCAGGAGGAGGUUAGCAGUAAUGGGGAGAGAUUCUUCAGGACACUUCUUACCGCUCUGGGUGUCUCAUUUGAGAUUCAGGGAGGACGGGGAUCGACUCAAGCGGGAGGCAGUAGCAAUUCAGUAUCCACCUCGACCACCUCGACGAUGAACGUACAGUCGGAUCUCUCUGCUUCGCCAACGACAAAACUCAGGCUGCUUCUUUGCCUUGAGAAGCUCAUGCGAUACGAGAGCGGCCUUGGCGCCUCGGACGACGGUGGAGAGCAAGAGCAGAACGACAGUACUUCUGCAAAGAUAUUCCCUUUGUGGAUUUUCAGGUCAGUCUUUGCGAAUCCUACCGAUUGGGAAGGCUUUGCUGCAAAGUGGGAAGGUAGCAGGGCAGAGGUGGAUGUGGACUUGCGCGGGUCACGGCCCGGCAGGAAGGAGAUUGCGCCCUUCACCUCGAGCUUGGCUCUGCUGGAGCGCCAAGAUGGCGUUGACUUCACAGAUGUGUCGUCCUCGGCCGGUCUGGUCUUGUCCGAGUCAGACCUGAGCAAGACACUGUCUAGUGCCUCGAGCCUGCUCCUGGGCAACUCGCUGGUGGAGGGGUAUCAGCACUCCUCCGCCCGUCCUACUACCGCCACAUCAAGUCGCAGCGCCUCUACGCAGCCUUAUCUGCAGCUUUACCAUGCUCUCCAUCCUUUACUGCUGCACACUUUCUUGGAUCACGCCCCGAGCUCACUCGGACCCGGAGCUGCCAUGCCCAAUCGGAAUCAGGAGAUCCCCCUCGGUCUCAAGCUGAUCGACAGCGUUCUCACCCUUGCGCGGACACUGUUCCGAGCCACUCUACGUUCCAACGACGAGGCCUCUGCGGGCGCUCCGACACAAGGUCUCAGAGGAGUAGAGAAGGAGGCGCUGAACAGACUUGGUGUGUUGCUCGGACACACGGCCAUCUAUUUUCCCUUUGAAGGCAGUCUGAACGGAGAAGAGGGCACAAAGAAGGCGGCUGUCCUCAAGAGAAUCAGUGCUGGCUGGUGCGAACUUGUGGGACUACAGCAGAUGUUGAGUGGAGAUGGAGGUGGCAGCGCAGCCAAGGCUACGAAGAGCAAGAAAGGCAAAGAGAUCGGAGGGGGCGCCCUGCACUUGGAAACGGUCGAGAGCUAUCUAGUGGACCUGCUGCAUUCGAAUAGUCAGCAGGCAAGCAGCCUGCACGAGAUUUCUGUGGUUGCCUCAAGCGUGAGCUCGGGCACUCGACUCUCCGAAGGCGAGUACCUCUCCUUGCUGCCCACCAUCUGGCAUCUCCUCACUUCCUCCCAGCCUGCGCCGACCACGACUACAUCGAACGCAUCCUCUGCCGCAUCCUCAGAGCACCUCCCGCUCCUCUCCGCUCUUCUAUCGCACUGGUCCUCUCUCAAGUCCUCCAACCCACUCAAAGCACACGGCUUCACAUUCCUCGCCUCUCUCUGCUCCCUCCCCAACUACCCCUCUUUACGCGCAGACCUGAAGCGAAUUCUCACGCGCCCUUCUUCCCCACUCGCACGACUGCUUCGCUCUGGACUCCUGGCGAGUGGCAAUCAACUAGGGAAAUACCUCUAUGAGCUCGCCUCUUCCCUUCCUGGCGGCGGCGGUGGCGGAGGAAGGAACUCAGCUCUACCGGGGCCAUCGGCACUGCAAGCAGCCCAAGUAGCUCUGAGGCAGCUACGCGCAGCCUUCUCCCUGCUGCUGCUCGAUGGGCUGCGCUGCGAUUCACCAUACCUCCUUGAAUCCGCUCACCUCUACACGCACCUCCUACCCACCCUCGCGCCCCUCUUUUGGAUUCAACAUCCCAGUCGCGGGGAAGUGCCGGGUCCUUGGAGACGGGUAGAGGCACUGGCUGGCGCUGCAUCUGAUUCUGGACUUGCGGCCAGUGUGCGGGAAGCGCAGCAGGUACGGAGAGCGGUCGAGGCUCUUGUCGAAUUCGUGACGGAGGACACGAGGGGUGAAGGAGAGAGGACCGAAGGCGUGGUCAAGUUCUUGGGGGCUGCAAGGAAGGCUGGAGUGAGAACAAGGGUUUGAACGGGCACAUUUUGAUUGAAAGGGUAUCACAUUUGUACAAGUAUCUCAGUCUACGCAAUUUGUUACAGCUCAUAAGUCCAGUCACAUCUCAAGCGGUGUACCGCC